AUGCUGCUGACUAGAACUUCAGUUUCUCAUAUUAAUGAAGUAAAGAAGGCUCUAGAUGAAGCUUUCACAAUCAAGGAUUUGGGGGAGUUGAAAUAUUUCCUUGGGAUUGAGAUUUCAAGGAACACUAAGGGUACUUUCUUGUCACAAAAGAAGUACAUAAGGGAUAUUAUUUCUGAUGUUGGAAUGGAGGAUUGCAUUCCUGUUGCUGCUCCCUUACCUACUGGUCUUAAACUCUCAACAGAAGUUGGAGAAUUAUUGAAGACUCCUGAUACAUACAAAAUACUAUUGGGAAGGUUGUUAUACCUGCAAAUAACUAAGCCUGAUCUUUCCUAUGUUGUACAACAUUUAAGUCAAUUUAUACAUGCUCCCAGAUCGCCUCAUCUUAGAGUUGCCCUGCAUGUGGUAAAGUACCUAAAAGGUACUUUGAACAUAGGAUUAUGGUAUAGUGUAGAUUCAGAUUUGACAGUCAAAGCUUACAGUGAUGAAGACUGGAAUGGAUGUCAGUUUAGCAGCAGAUCCUUGAGUGCCUAUACUGUCUUUCUUGGAUCAAACUUGGUGUCUUGGAAGACCAAGAAACAACGGUUAGUCAGUAAAUCCUCUGCAGAGCAGAGUAUGGAAGCAUCCAAACAACUUGCUCAGAAUCCCAUGUAUCAUGAGAAGUCAAAGCAUUUGAAGAGGGAUAUGCAUUAUGUUAGAGAACAGGUUGAAGAUGGUUUUCUGCAAACUGCUCAUGUUUCUUCUGACAAGCAGCUGGCAGAUGUUCUUACUAAUCCUUUGGCUUCAACGCAACACUGGUCUUUGAUUUCCAAGUUUGGACUAUUGGAUCAAUGUCCAACUUGA